AUGGGAAAGACCGCAAUAGACCUCUACAAUCCCAAGCAAAUGGAAGAUUCCAUCUGGUGGAUUCUCAUCCUCUCAUUCUCUCCACAGGCUCGGCCUAUUUCUUCCAAGAUGGUGGACCCAAGCGGCUUCAGCGUUCGACCGCCAAAAAGUUCCGAGGAGAUCAAGUCCCUCUGGUGGCCGUCAAUGCAAUCACUUGGAUGGAACCGCUCCGACAAAGACCACCCAACGCACUGGCAAUCCUCGCGCGGCAAGUACAUCGUCCUAACCCACAAGGAGCCCUCGUCAUCCGAAGAGGAAGAGAAGGCGGUCGGCAUCAUCCUCCCCAUCACCUACCCCAACAAGACCGGCUGGGUCGGCUUCUUCGUCGUCAACGAGGCGUACCGCGGCACGGGCGGCGGAGGCAGCCUCCUCUUCCAGGCGGCGCUCGACGAGUUCGCGCGCCAGGGCGCCGAGCGCGUCGGCCUGGACGGCGUGCUGCAGCAGGUGGGCACGUACGGCCGGCGCGGGUUCGUCGAAAAGGGCCGCGUGAAGCUGAUGGUGAUGAAGAAGGUGAAGGAGCUCGAGGUUCCUUCUUCCGCGGGAGCAGAGAAGGGGGACGGUGAUGAUACGCCUCUGAUUAAGGCGCUGAGGGACGUGCAGCCGGCGGCGCUGGUGGCGGCCGACGAGAAGGCGACGGGCUUGCGCCGCACGCACCUGUGGACGAAGGAGCUGCUCGUCGAGCGCGAGGACGCGUGGGGCUUCGCCGCGGUCAAGGAGGGAGGAGGAGGUGGAGAGGUCACGGGCUUCGUGCUCGUCCGCUCCUGCGAGCAUGGCUACCGCGUGGGCCCGCUCUACGCUCCCAACCGCGACUUGGCUAGCACGCUCCUGCUCCGGGCUAUGCAGACCAUCAAGGGCUUCGGCGCCGCCGCGGCUGAGAAGUCGCUGGUCGCCGAGGCGUGGGGCGAGAACCCGGUGGCCGUCGAGACGUUCGAGGGCUUGGGUUGGGAGUACAGCGGGAUGGAUUACGCGCGCAUGUGGCUGAAUGGAGAGGAGACGGAGGCUCAGAAGAAGGGAGGAGUGGCGGAGAGGGAGGUAUUUGCUUGGUUCGACGCCGGUGAGGGUUAA